AUGAGAGUCAACUUUUUAAUUUUGCUUUUUUUGCUUGGUGAUUAUCGACUGAUCAAUUGUGAAACAGUUUUGGAGCUUGACAAUGAAGUAAUAUCCAAACCGGAUCCUGAUUUUCCAGCUUUUGAGUCUGUUUUUCGUGCCAUUAUUGAUACAUACAUUUUGAAGGACAAAUCUCCAUUAGACAUUUUUAUUCUAGAGCCAUUUCCUAUUGAUUACUUACAUUUUUUCGAUAAACUUCUCGCAAGAAUUAAUGAUUCCUUACCUUACAAACUUGUAAAAUUCAAUCGCUUUAGAAAACAUUUCUUUUCAAAAUAUCCAGCAAUACUUCUGAUUCCUAAUGAAAGUUCAUUUGCAGACAUGUUCAUAAUCUUUAAAAUGAUCAGAUAUUAUAACCAGGAAUUAAAAUAUUUUGUUUUCAUUGUUGAAACAUCAUUUGAAAGUGUUCGUGAUCAUUUUCUUAUAAAAUUCCACAAAAACUUGACUUUGGAAUUGGGAGUGGGAGCAGUUUUUUAUUAUUCAUACUUCAUCAUUAAUGAACCUGAUAUAGUCAGCAUAUCGACACUAGAAUAUUUCUUGAAAGUAUGCAACCGGCAACAAUUAGUAAGAAUUCACUCCUUUAAUAAGACAUCUAUGAAAUGGAUCGGAAAUUUUAAGGCAUAUGAAAAAUUUUUCGACUAUAAUGGAUGUGAAUUGACAAUGAUGCUUCCUGUGUUCAAUGACUUCAACCUUAAUUCAUAUCAUUGGGGAUUUUCUAUUCUGGAUGCAAAUGCACCUAAUGGAUUCUCUGUUCAAGGCAUAACACCAAAAAUAUUCAAAAUAGCAGGAGAAAAGUAUAACUUUAAAGAUUCUUACUGUCCAGCAAUGAUAUUUGAAAGAGAUUGGAUUUUCAAAUUUGAAUCGAGAGAAACAGUUUUGCUUAUUGCCAUAAAUGAUACAAUAAAAUAUCCAAAUGUUUAUUUUGAUAUUACUGGAGCUCAUUUGCACAGCAUACUGGAUUUGAGGAUGUCAAAUGUAUUUGAGGAUGUUAAAUACAAAUUAUUUGUAACACCAGGAGAUCCUUACACGCCAUAUGAGAAGUUAUUCCUGCCUUUUGAUCUUACAACUUGGAUUCUUCUGACAGCUACAUUUGGAAUUACAUUUCUUACAAUUUUUAUCAUUAAUCGUUUGCCAAAAGCUGCAAGAAAUUUUGUCUAUGGAAGUAAAAUUUGUACACCGUCAUUAAAUGUCAUCAGCAUAUUCUUUGGAGUUUCACAAGCGAGACUACCAACUGAAAACUUUUCAAGUAAAUCUUUUGAGUUUUUGACGAAUGUACCAAGACGUCCACCGCCAAAAACAUUAAAUGAUCUUAUUUCUCAAAAUUACACAAUUUACACAUUAUUUAGGUCCUCUUUUGAAAGUAUUAUAUCAAAUGAGAGGGAUAAUUGGCCACAAAUAAUCGAGCCUAAAUUCAAAGAAUACAUAUCCAUGUAUGAAACUCAAUCACAAAACUCUACAGCAAAGAUUUGCCUUAUAAUUGAGGAUUUGCUUCAAAAUGUCCUAGAUUCAAAAGUAAUUACUAAAUGGAAUAAGAUUGAGCUAGAAAACAUUUUUGUUGCUCAUCAAGCCGUCGUUUUCCAUCAAAAAUCGUUUUACUUUCGAAUGAUGAUGAAAACAAUCAAUAGUCUUAUAGAUACAGGAAUUAUGAAACAUUUGACUGAUGACUAUCUGAAGCAAAAGAAAUUUAUAGUCCUUGAAGAAAUUCCCAUGAGUUUGAAGUUGAAUGAUCUUUCAUUUGGAUUCAAUAUAUGGCUUGGAUUCUGUGCCAUGUCUUUUAUAGUUUUUCUUGUAGAAUUGAUGAAAAAUCUUCAAAAUAACAAAACUCCAAGAUUAUUUAAAUAUGCAAAAGUUUAUCCAUAUGCAAAACUUAAUAACAAACAAAAUCUUGUGCCGAAAACGUCUCGAAUGUUCAAAAUAAGGAAACAAAAAGAAGCAACAGUAUCAACUAUUGAAGAUGUGUCAGUUGAUUUCUUUUAA